CUCCGCACGGUUAAGAGAGAGAGAGAGAAUAGCGGGGCCGCACGCACAAGGAAUAGUUUUUGCUCAUACAACUCAAACCUUUCUCUUGUCAUUUCGCUUUGUGACACGCUACUCUUUUUUUCUCUCUGUGCAAACACCCUUUUUCUUUUUAUUUUGCUUCCCUUGUCUUUGCUUAUCUUUCUUUUCUCUCUCUUUUUUUUUUUCUUGUGCGUCUUCACGUGUUCAACUUAACUCGCUACUUCUAUUUUUUCUCUUUCUUCUUUUUUUCCUUUUCACCGUCCUCCUGUUGUGCCUGAUUCCCUUUUUUCCUUCAUUUCAAUGCAACGAUGACCAAGAAACUUAUUGCGGUGGAUCUAUUUUUCCCAGAAACGGUACAGUUUUUUGGUCCUAUGCAAGAGAAACACUGCAGUUAUCCAAAACGACAAAAAGUACGGGGAAAACUAAGACUCGUGGCUUCACGACCGACCAAACUUCAGUCCAUCGAGAUCAAGUUUAAAGGUCACUCUCAUCUCACUUGGCGCGAUCCUUUAAAAGCCCACUUUAUCGCUCAGAAAAUGCACGCCUGGAAAACGUUACGCAAAUCAAAAAGCAUUCUCCUCCAAGAUGCAACACUACCUGCUGGUGUCACGGAUUUAGGUUUCGAAGUAACGAUUCCUGGGUACUUGUGUCCCAGUUUCAAAUCGGAGUUCUUGGAGAUCCAAUAUCUCAUCACGGCCAAGAUCCUGGGAUGCGGGAAAUUUGCAAAGGAGACCCAUAUUGAGCGACCCGUGCAAAUUCAUAAAACGCUGUUACCCAAACAUGUGGCUCAGGGUCAAACCCUCGGUUACCAGGUUCCCAAAGUCAUCAUGCACGGUGAACGACCGGCCAACAUGAAAUGGGAAUUCAAAGUGCCCACUUGGGUGUGCCUCGAAAAUGAUGCGGGCAUCGAAUUCGUGGGCAACCUGCAAAGUCUCGCAGACGUGCCUUUGGAAAUCACAAGAAUCGAAGUCGACGUCAUUCAGGAAGAACUGUAUCGCUACGAUAUAAGUGAUGACGAGUUUCAAGGCACCAAACGGCAUUUAAUUGUGUGUUCCAACCAACCUUCUAUAUACCUGCAUCCGCCUCUCAAUACAUCGAUUGCUUUUUCAUUCCCUCUUCAGACGAUCCUAGAUACUACCAAAUACCGAUUACGACGAGUGAAAUCCGUGCCACUGCAGCCGACCAUUCACGACGACCAUUUCUAUUUAAUGCCCGACAUCAAGAGCACCAUUACCAGAGGACGAUUGACUUAUUCGCUGGAAUCCCCCUUUUUACAAAUUCGACAUUACAUUCGCGUGCUGAUUUAUUACGAUUUGGAUGAACGGACCGUGAUCCCGCCCAUUUGCAUCGGCUUACCCUUUGCAGUGACUCGCCAAAUCACACUAUUGGAUAACAAUGCCGACGGUUUGCCUUCGUACCAUAGUGUGACCCGUGACGGAGAACGAUUACCGCACUACACCGUGGAUGAGGCUCACGAAACCGAGCAAGAGGAUGAAGAGGAAAACGAAGAAGGAGAAGGACGCGGUUGCGCGGGACAGGAACCACUGGAUCCGACGCAACCUCCACCGAAUCGACACCCUGCCGACCCCCCACCUAAUUCAGCCAAUGGAUCCACGGCCCGCCGACGGAAACGUGCAGCACAAAUGGUCGUUCAGGAACGUACCCUGGACAAUUUCUGGAUUUUAACGAGUCACUAAAUCCCGCCAUCUUUUCCUUCACUCUGACUGCAUUGCUCUGCACUGCAUUGCAUCGUCGACUUUUAAAAUUUAUAAAUUGUUCCUUGUAUGUAACAGGAUCAAAUAAUGGCUCGGAUCAUCCCUUCUAUUUAAUACUUUUGCGAACGCUGAUUCUCUC